AUGCCGCGAGCGAUCGAGAAAAAGCGAAAAAACUAUUCGCGAAACGGUUGCUCCGAGUGCAGGCAGGUCCACAUCAAGUGCGAUGAGGUGCGGCCCCAGUGCCGAAGAUGUGAGCGCAAAAAUCUCCCGUGCACUUACGAGACGAAAUUCAUAUUUCAAAAGAUAACUCCCAGCCAGAGAAUUGCUGGAACCAGUGCGUUAGCUACUUAUUUACCAAACCAGAUUGAAUCUGAGAACCUGCCUCUUGCUCCAGAGCCUGCUCGUCAUGCCGAAUAUUCCGUCGACCCACUAGGCCUGAGCCAGUACAUCUACAUUUCCCCGUCCGACCUGGAGUAUCUAAACACGCUUCAGGCGAACGAGAUUCCGGAAGGAGCUGUCGAGACGGCGCCGCAAGAGGUCCGUGUUGACCUUUUCGAUCUCAAAUGGAGAUCCUCGUCCAAGCAUGACUUUUGUCAAGCGCUCUGCGAAAACGACUUUGUUGCUCGGCUGUCGAACGACCUAGAUCUUGAAUUAGAUCCAUCAGCGCUCGUGAGCGACCAAAACCUGAUUAAUUUUACCUGGACGGUUGCGAGAAACACCUUCUGCGCUGGAAACUUCGCCAUGUUUCCGGACGAGCACCUAGCGGCGAUGCUCACGGGGUUGGUAUCUCUUAGCGGGAAAUUCUCCGUUGUUCAGAGCGCCAUAAUGUACGAUUGCGCCAUGUUCAUGAGGGAUCUAUAUCAACAAGAGAAAGAAAAGCGGCUCUCACUCAUAUGGGAUAGGUUUGUGAGGAUUCCGUGCUUCAAGAAAUGUCUCGAGCCUCUCAGCGAGCGACUCGAACAGUCUCUGGACUACGACGAGCUUGUCGCGCUCACUUUCGUAAUCAUUUUACUCUUCUCCGCCAACAGCGCCAACAGAAGCAACGACUGGAGAAUCCAUCUUACAGGCUGUUACCAACUCAUAGCGAAACUGGAACAUUUGAAACCGGACAGUGUCUCUGAGACUGGAUUCACUUCGCAACUGCAUGAUCAUAUCAAGGAUUGGUUCUGCCAUGCUCAAAUCAUAGCCAGUAUUAGUUCUGACAAUGGAGGUGCCAUCGGUCACGCUGGAAAGGUGAUCCAAAUUCUCAAAGACGCACCUUAUUCCGCUUUGAACGUACUCGAUAAUCGCAUGGAUCUUCUCAAAGGUUACCAGACACAGCUCUACCCGAUACUCACCGACAUUACAUUUGAAUUUGAGAGAUACAGAGCUGAUGGGGUCCUCCUAGGUGGUUCCAACAUCCUUAAAUUUAAACUCGAAAACGCGGACGCCUCUAUUACUCGACACUUGCAUGAAUUCGGUGAAAACCUUAUCAGAAGGCUCAACUCUUUGCCCACAUACUACAGCCCAAAUGCCAAAGGAAAUUGGGAAAUUCAAGACUUCAAAUUACAACUUUCCUUCAAAAGGUCCUCAGAGGCCUAUCGUCUGGCACUCGAGCUUUACGUCAAGACUUUUUUCUUCACCUCGUUCGAUGAAUCCGACAUCGAUCAACUCUUCGAAAAGAUCUUAGAAGCGCUGUUUUCAAUGCCUUACUUGGAUAGCGUAGGAAUGGCAUGUCAUUGGCCAAUCUACGCAAGCGCUUUGGCCAGCAUUUACCACCGGAAGGACAAAUUUUACUUUUAUUUCAUUGAAAGCUUACUUUGCAUUGGGUCCAAAGGAUUUCAAGGUGCGUUCAAUUCCAUCGAGCGACUCUCGUAUCUGCGCGAGGUCCAUUCUAAAAAUGGUCUUACAAACCUGAUUAAUAGUGCCCACGAUUUCACAGCAUACUAA